AUGGCUUUGACAAGCCGAUCUGCACGACUAUCUCAACAUUUUCGUCUCCUUGAGAAGGGCCAGAAACAUGUCAUAAAUGCAGCAGACGCCAAAUUAUUCAUAGAGGCAGUAUGCCAUCAAAACAAUACUUUCAGUUGUGUCGAGAAACUCGUUGCCAAUCCGAAUCUCCACAAGUCCUUUCAUAACUGCCUUAAAUUCGACCUUUCGAAAAGUUUUCUCAAUGGACCUGCGGCUGACCUACUCACUUAUCUUCAAGAACCUGGUCUUGAGCAACUUUGCAACGGACAGCUUCUUAGAUCCCUUCUCGGUGCAAUAAUUGAUUCUCCGACGUUCUGGUCGGCAAUGGUUGAAGCGAAUAGCACCCAAUCUCUAACUGAAAACUCUUUGACUGCCUUCGCAUGGUUGCUCCUUCAAUUACUAAAGUCUUCGGCUUGCACUGAAGAAAUUAAGAAAGUUGCCAAAGAUAUUGGAGUCAACCGUUUGUUUGUUGAUUCUUCAUAUGCCAAAGUUCGACAGAUUGGAUACAAAAUCAAUAAUUACUUGGAGUCAACGUCCACAUUCGUUAACCCAGAUGACACAUAUAAGCCGGGGGGAAGACACGAUAAUGAUUUUGAAGAUUUUCGAAGGAUAUCCAUCUUGCCUACUCCUGAUGAAAUACUGUCGAUGGAACUCCCGUUUUACCGUAGAAUGGACGACAUUUAUGACGCGCCGGCGGAGUUGCGUCCUGGGAUGCAUUAUGACAAUCAAUUUCGACUUUUGAGGGAAGACUUAUUGGGGGAACUGCGAAAUGAUUUACACAUUGCGCUUGGGCAAAAACAAGGUAAAAGAUCGGCCACAAUUAUCAGCGGUCUUGUCUUUACAGCCUUCGAAUUCAAGGGUCAUCGAAAGCCAUGCUCUUUAGCUUUUGAAUGCAGGGAUGGCCUCCCGCAGCUAUCACGACUGAGUAAGAAUGACAAAGAAAAAGCACUUGCUGAGAGCAAAAAUUUUCUAAGACAUCAAUCUUUUGGAUGCCUGCUCAAUGGAGAUGAUAUCGUUGCAUUUGCUUCUAUUGAUCGGGACGAGUCCCUACUCAGCCAAGACAUACCUAUCCUUACUUUACAGAUACCAGGCGCUGAAUCACUAAAACGAGUGCUGCUGUGCGUUGGAGCAGUGCGGAGCCUCCAAUAUAUCGCUGUAGACACCGCUGUAUUUGCCUAUGAGCCGAUUCUCCAACAAUUGCAGAAAAUGACAUCUUUCCCAUUUGCGAGUACCAUACUCUCUUCAGUACCAGCGUUGCAAAAUGUUGAUCACGGCAGUGGGCUAUUCAGCAUCAUUGACAGAAUUAAAUCUUCUCAGGGGGAAGAUAUUCAAAGCGUUCUAGGGGUCUCCAAAAAAAUAUCCCUGAAUAUCUCGCAGUUGAAUUCAUUAUCAUCUUGUUUGUCUCAUGCUGUAAGCCUCAUUCAAGGCCCUCCAGGUAAGGCCUGUCACCUUUCCAACACUGAAUUGGCGAAGCUAAUCUCUCUAGGAACUGGAAAAUCUUUUAUUGGCGCUCUUGCUGCGAAAGCCUUAUGUAAAAAUACGAAGGAAACUAUUUUGGUUUUAUGUUUCACGAACCACGCUCUUGACCAGUUCCUUGAAGAUCUCCUGAGUAUUGGUAUACCCGCUGAAUUGAUGGUUAGACUCGGGUCAAAAUUUACAGAUCAAACAAAACAACUCUGUUUAUCAGAACAAAAACGCAAUACGUCGAGGCGAUUCCCAUGGCCCGUUGUAUGCGCUCAAAGGGAGAGACUAGAUUAUCUGAAGAGUGAAUUAUUAGCAUCGCCAAGAAGACUGAUCAGUGGACAUGUUACCCUGGUCGAAGUCCUGGAGCACUUAGAAUUUUCCGAUAAUCCAAGCUUUUACGAAGGACUAAGUGUUCCGGAGGAAAACAAUGGCAUGAAAUGGGUCGGGGCCAGCAACCAGAAAAUUGAAGAGGAUUACUUACUAAGGCGCUGGAGCACUGGAGAGGAUGCUGGUGUUUUUAAAGCGAACCUGGGCAAUCAUCAUAUCUGGAACAUAGAAUAUGGGGGCCGUCAAAACCUUUUAAAACGAUGGAGAUCGGAAAUUGUUCGUGAGCGCAUCGACCAGGCCUCUUCUUUAUUUGAUCAGUACAACAGGCUUCAAAACGACGUCGAUAAUAUGUUUUACUAUAAAAAACACUUUCACAUAUUCCAAGAAAAACGAAUUAUUGCCUGUACUACGACUGGAGCUGCAAAAUACGCGGCUGCUCUCCACUCGGCGAAACCGGGUAUUCUUUUGGUUGAAGAAGCGGGUGAAAUUUUGGAGAGCCAUAUUCUGACCUCCAUGACCGAGACAACAAAACAUCUAAUUUUGAUUGGAGAUCACAAGCAGCUUCGCCCGAAAAUCAACAAUUACAAUCUGACUAUUGAAAAGGGAGAUGGUUUUGAUCUUAACAGGUCAAUGUUUGAAAGGCUUGUGCUAGCUGGCUUUCCCAUUACUACACUCACUGAACAGCACCGAAUGCGACCAGAAAUAUCACAUCUUAUUCGACACCUUACAUAUUCGGACUUGAUCGAUGCCGAAGGAACCAAAAACAGACCGGCGCUUCGAGGAUUUCAGGAUAAUGUUAUCUUUGUGAACCAUGAAUAUCCAGAGCUCCAGCUACCGGGCGUCUUGGAUAAAAGGGAUCUUACGGCAGCAGGAAGCAAGAAAAAUCUAUUCGAGGUAGAAAUGAUUUUAAAUUGCGUUCGCUACCUUGGACAACAAGGCUAUGGAACAGAUAAGCUUGUAGUUCUUACGCCCUAUCUUGGGCAACUACAUUUGCUUCAAAAAGAACUGAGCCAAUCCACGGACCCUGUUCUAAAUGAUCUAGACUCUUACGAUUUAGUACAAGCAGGGCUAAUCAAUCCAGCCAGUGCUAACUUGAAGAGGCGACCUCUCCGAAUUUCAACAAUAGACAACUACCAAGGGGAGGAAAGUGAGAUUGUACUUGUAUCAUUGACUCGUAGCAACCGAGCUAAUGACAUAGGUUUCAUGGCAUCACCGGAACGGGUAAAUGUUCUUCUAUCAAGGGCGAGAAAUGCGCUGAUUCUGAUUGGAAACGCGAAAACAUUUCUUGGUGGCCGUCGUGGAAACACUGUGUGGCCAUCGUUACUGGAAUGCUUACGGGAGGCAGGCCAUGUUUAUGACGGGUUUCCGCUACGGUGCGAGAGACAUCCAACGCGCAAGAUCACAAUACGACUCCCUGAAGAAUUUGAAACUGAAUGCCCUGGUGGAGGAUGUCAAGAGAAUUGCUCCGCAAUACUUAAUUGUGGUAUUCAUACCUGUCCACAAAAGUGCCACCAACUUUAUGACCAUUCUAAAAUGGCCUGCCAUGCUAUUGUUGAGAAUACCUGCCCGAAUAAACACAGGUAUAUGUGGAGUUGCUCUCAAGGACAACCCAAAAUCUGCCCUACUUGUGAAAAAGUUGCGCGAGCCGCAGAAGAAAAAAAGAGAAGAGACGCUGAUCUGGAGCGGAAACAACAGGCUCGUCGACAUGCUCAUGCAGAGAAGCUGGCAGAGGUUCAACGGAAGAUCGAUGAACAACAACAGAUUUUAAAUGGCACCGCUAUUGAAAGGAAAUAUAAAACCACCCUUGAUCAAAGGUUAAAAGAUCUCGAAAGACUCAAGGCCGCCGUUUCUGCCGCCCGGGACCAAGAAUCUAAAGUCAAUGUUUUACCCACACACUCUCAGCAACCUUGUACAACCAGCCCUUUGGAGUACGCAACUACCCCUACGAGUGUUCAGUCGACAACUAUAUUGGCAGAACAACCAUCCAUACAGCCAGUACUAUCCUCGGCUAGGGAGGAGUGGGAUUAUCAAAAAGAUGUAGAGGGUCAGACAAAUGAGUCACUGGAUUCGUUAAUGAACAUGAUAGGCCUCGAGAAGGUGAAAGAGAAAUUCAUGUCAGUCAAAGCCAGAGUUGAUGCUGUUGUUCGCCAAAGUGCCAGCUUGAACGAUGAGAGAUUUAAUGCAGCUUUUUUAGGAAAUCCAGGCACAGGAAAAACAACUGUUGCGCGGCUCUACGCCAAAUAUCUAUGCUCAGUGGGAGUCAUCCCAGGAACUGCUUUUGUUGAGACAUCGGGAUCACGGCUUGCCAGUGAUGGCAUCUCCGGCUGUAAAAAGCACAUUGAAGAUAUUUGCAGUGAUGGAGGUGGCGCACUCUUCAUUGAUGAGGCAUACCAACUGGCAUCAAGGCAAAACCCCACUGGAGGCCAAGUCCUUGACUUUUUGCUCGCAGAAGUUGAAAAUCUCACGGGCAAAAUUGUGUUCAUCAUCGCCGGCUACAACAAAAAUAUGGAGAGCUUUUUCGCCCAUAAUCCUGGAAUUCCAAGUAGAUUUCCCAUCGAGCUCCAGUUCCGAGAUUAUACAGACACCGAAUUACAAGGUAUUUUGAGCCAUUGUAUAAGCAAAAAAUAUAACAACACAAUGAAAUUGGAGGGUGGUAUGGCCGGUCUGUAUGCCCGCAUAGUUUCCCGCCGUAUUGGAAGAGGCCGUGGGCGAGAAGGAUUUGGAAACGCUCGAGAAGUUCAAAAUCAAGUUUCAAAGAUAGCAGAUCGCCAGGCAAAACGAUUACAGGACCAGAGACGCCUUGGAAAACAGCCCGAUGAUUUGUUAUUGACCCAGGAGGAUCUCAUAGGGCCAAAACCCUCCAACGUGUUGAAGGACAACGCCGCAUGGCUGGAAUUGCAGAAUUUGACAGGGCUAGACAGCGUCAAAGACGCGAUUAGGUCUCUCCUUGAUACAAUCGAGACCAAUUACCAGCGUGAGCUGGCAGAGAAGCCUCUUGUUGAAUAUUCCUUGAACAAGGUUUUUGUGGGCAACCCUGGGACAGGGAAAACAACUGUGGCGAAGCUGUAUGGUCAAAUACUUGCGGAUUUGGGUUUUCUUUCCAGCGGAGAUGUUGUUGUCAAAAACCCCUCUGAUUUUGUCGGCGAUGUUCUCGGAGCUUCAGAAACUAUUACAAAAGGGAUUCUAGCUUCGACUCAAGGGAAAGUACUUGUGAUUGAUGAAGCUUACAUGCUCAAUGGGAAUUCUACAGCUCAUAGUGCUGACUUAUUUAAGUUGGCCGUGGUCGACACUCUCGUUGCCCAAGUACAAAGUGUGCCAGGUGAUGAUCGAUGCGUUCUUUUACUAGGAUACAGGGCUCAAAUGGAGGAAAUGUUUCGAAAUUCUAACCCAGGCCUUUCCAGACGAUUCCCAAUGAGCUCAGCGUUCGAAUUUGAAGACUACAGUGACAAUGAUCUGCAAAAGAUUUUCGACUUGAAGUUGAACCAGGCUGGUUUCGGUGUUACACCUGAGACUCGAGUCGUUGUUCAGGAAUGUCUUAACCGCGCGCGACAUCGACCCCAUUUUGGAAAUGCUGGCGAGAUAGAUAUAUUACUUGACAAAGCAAAACUGGUGCAUCAAAAAAGGUUCUCCUCCCGACAAACCAAAAGCGCUGAUAUAUUGGAACCGAUAGAUUUUGACCCGGACUUUGAUCGUGCCGAUCGGGCACUAACCAAUUGUAGACAGCUGUUCAAGGGCGUUGUCGGCUGUGAAGAUAUUAUAUGUAAAAUGGAAGGCUACCAGAAAACAGUGACAAGUAUGAGGACUCUCGGAAUGAAUCCACUUGAGGUGAUACCUUUUAAUUUCUUGUUUCGAGGCCCACCAGGGACCGGUAAGACUUCUACUGCUAGACGCAUGGGGACAAUAUUCUAUAACAUGGGGUUUUUGGCCACGACUGAAGUGGUUGAGCGUUCUGCAACAGAUCUCAUUGGCCAAUACGUUGGCCAUACCGGGCCCAAGACUCAGAAAUUACUAGAGAAAGCCCUUGGUAAAGUCCUUUUCAUCGAUGAAGCAUAUCGGCUGGCCGAAGGGCUCUUUGCUAGAGAGGCCAUGGAUGAGCUUGUAGACUGCCUUACCAAGCCAGCUUAUGCAAAAAGGCUUGUUGUUAUUCUAGCUGGGUACGACAAGGAUAUUGACCGCCUCAUGGCUAUGAAUCCAGGGUUGACCAGUCGAUUCUCUGAAACUAUCUGUUUCACGAAUUUGGCCCCGAAGGAAUCUCUCGAUUUGUUGAGACAGUGCCUAAAACAAUGUCCUGAGAUUGAUAGCAGUGGAGUUUGCACCCCUUCAAAGCGUCUGGACGAGAAAUUGUUAUGCCUCUUCACCCAACUUGCCAGUUUUCCAUUCUGGGGGAAUGCACGGGAUAUCGAAACGCUAGCAAAAUCAAUGAUCAGGCACGUCCUUUCAAAUGGUGAAAACAAGUUUUUCAUAACAGAAAAGAUUGUGCACGACACCAUGUGCUCCAUGAUUUCGAAACGCAGGGAACAAGCAAACGCAGGAUUACGGUCUAUCCCAGUACCCCAAAAUCCACAGUUAAGUUUGCACAAGGAGGCCCAAGAUCACUCGACACCCUCCGUUCAGAACUUAAAAAGAAAGGCGGAUAGUUCCUUGUCUUCAGAUCUUGUUUCAGAUCUUGCUUCAGGAAUCCGUGAAGUGCGCACUAUCAUCCGUGAUGAUGGUGUUCCUGACGAGGUCUGGGCUCAAUUACAACAAGACGCGCUCUUAGAAGAGGAGCUUAAAAAGCAAGACAUCCAACGGGCUGUGGAGGAGCUUGAAGUUAGGCGCAAGAUUGCCGAACAGCUCCCUAAAAAAACACGGGUCUCUAAGCGUCGGGAGCAACAAAAGUGCGAAGAAGAUCGCCAGCGUCUGGAGGAUGAAAGACUUCAAAACGAGCUCAGGCGACGUAAAUACGAAGAACAGGUUGCUCAACUGGUAAGAGAAACAAUGGCGCGAGAAGAAGAGAAGAAAAAGGAACAAGCAGUUCAGACGAAGUUGAGAGAGAUGGGUGUUUGUGUCCAAGGGUUUAGAUGGAUAAAGCAAAGAUCAGGCUACCGAUGCGCGGGCGGAUCGCACUUUAUUGAUAACUCUCAGUUGGAAAUAUGA